GUUCAAUAUUUUUUCUACAACGUGUUAUACAGUUCGACUCUAAUUUGUUGCCUAACAUUACAUUGCUUGGAACAUUUUACACAAAAUAUUUUGAAAUUCCUGCAGAUUCCUACUCACCUGUCUGAUUCUCUGCGAACUAAGUGAAUGAGAAUUUCCCUAGUGUUUUAAUGCAUCAGUAGUUCAUUCUGAAUAUUUUGUGUGGGAGAUAUGACCUUUACGGCUAUCUGCAAUCUGAUUGGCCAGUUAUUAGUUAUAAUUUGCUGAUGCAUUGGAAAUUAUUUGUAAUCUUUACACAUGGCAAUCAGCCAAGCUGACGCCGAUGAAGAAUGUCUCGUUUAUCCCGCGAUAACUAAAAAUUACUCUGAAAUUAAAAAUUCGGAUGGCUCAUCGACGGAAUUAAAUCCUACACCGUCUAAUCCAAACUCCCUUCCCCGACCUUUGCGUUCCACACUAAAGACAAGGUCGAAGUUUGAUUCUGAUAGACUUGGAGGAAUUGACGCAAAUAAUUCGGAAAAAAUUAACAGGCUUAUUACUGUUGACACAAGGGAACAGAUAAUACCGGAGAAUCAACUUGGUAAAUCUUGUCAUUUAGACACCACAGACAGAAACGGUGGAAUGAAAAGUCAACGAACAAUGCUUAAAAAUGAAAUGGAAAUAUGUGACCCAGCUCAAACAACAUCCCGUGGAUCUAAAGAACACUUAAAAAGGCCUUCUAUACAACAGUUAAGAAAAUACUCAGUCGUAGAUCCGAAUACUCUGAAAUUCAUCGAAGAUCCAUCAAGAAAAUCUGGUGAAUAUGGAAUAUGCAGUGCCAUACUAGUCACCAUCGCAUAUUUAUUCAUUUUGAUCACAUUUCCCUUCUCAUUAUUUUUCUGUAUUAAAGUUGUAGCUGAAUAUGAACGGGCAGUUAUAUUUAGACUGGGAAGAAUUUUACCUGGUGGUGCUCGUGGACCAGGACUUUUCUUUAUUGCACCAUGUAUUGACUCCAUUCGUAAAGUUGACUUACGUACAGUAACGUUUGAUGUCCCACCACAAGAAGUACUUACUAAGGAUUCAGUGACUGUGGCUGUUGAUGCUGUUGUCUAUUAUCGUAUUUAUAAUCCUGUUGUAGCGAUCACAAAUGUUGAAGAUGCCGACCGAUCGACUAGGUUACUAGCGGCAACAACACUUAGGAAUGUUUUAGGCACAAAGAAUUUAGCUGAAAUACUAUCUGAACGUGAGUCAAUUUCAACAUCUAUGCAGACAAUGCUCGAUGAUGCAACUGACCCAUGGGGUGUAAAAGUAGAACGUGUUGAAGUAAAAGAUGUACGCCUACCUGUACAACUACAAAGAGCUAUGGCGGCUGAAGCUGAGGCUACAAGAGAAGCUCGGGCUAAGGUCAUAGCUGCUGAAGGAGAAGAGAAAUCUUCUCUAGCCUUAAAACAAGCUGCAGAUGUUAUUAAAACAUCACCAUUUGCAUUACAAUUACGUUAUUUACAAACGUUAAGUGCAAUUUCAGCUGAAAAGAACUCAACUAUUAUAUUUCCUCUUCCAAUUGAUAUGUUGGUGAAUUUAUUUCAUCGUUAAUCAGCACAGACAAUUAUACUAACACAAAUACAUCAUGUGUGCACACCUGCAUGCACACAACCAAUCCAUCAGAAUAUUCAUGUGACCUUCAUAUGUUAAUAUUUUAUUGAAUCACUAUGUGUUCCUUUCUUGUUAUUUCUUGAUGCAAUGUCUAUGUGUAAUCAACGCUCAUCAAUAAGUUAAUGGUGUAUUGUGUUCUAUUGUCUACACAGUAUAUUUUCGUCUAGAUUUGAUGAACAACACUCAUUUUAUACAUACACAUACUUAUAUGCAUACGUACAUACACAUCUUUAAGUAGCAUCGCAUUUUUCUGUUUACUGCAAGAUUGAAUAUGAACAUCAUUUGAAACAUCCUCUUUUUUUUUUCUUUGUUUCUUUGUUUGUUUAUUUACUGAGCUGUUUGCAGUCUACACAUUAAAUAUUAAUUAGUCAAGCCUUCUUUCUUCCAUUGGUACUUUCGUGUAUCAUAUAUACAUAUAUAUUCUCAUUAGAAUAGAAUGCUAUUUUAUCAAAUGAACUAAAUUUUACACAAGGAUUUCUCUUAUCUGGUUCUUGAAAUUAAAAAACACAUUAGGAAUGAAUGAAUAAAUAAAUAAAUAGAUAAGUGAAUAAGUAGUGUAACUUUUCAAAAUUUGAUUUUCCCUCCUUCUUCUUUUUCUUUCCUGUUCGACUGCCAACCACCCUCCUCAGCCACCUUAGUUUUUAUUUCUUCCACAGUUUAAUUAGCUUUUAUUAUUAUUCAAUAAAAAGUCAAUUAAUGAGAGGUAAUUAUAUUCAGUUGAUAAUGAUUCUGUUGAAACAAUGAACAAUUUCAAAUUUGCCUGGAACAGAACAGAAUUUGAAACAAUCGAAUUAUAAAUUAAAUUAAAACACAUCACUAUUCAAUGUUCACUUGUAUAAUUAUAUAUUAAUGGACACAUGUUGAGACGCGCACACAAACACACGAUUGGCAUCAAUCAAUAAAUAACAACAAUAUAUAAAAUAACAAUUAAAAAUGAAUGAGAUUCUGUUUCAGUUAAAUGGUUGUUAUUUCAUUCUGUCUAUUGACAAAAAUAGGGAAAAACCCUAUGCAUUUUGUUCUCAUAUGGAUUCGACUUCUUCUAGAUUUUGCUCUUCGUCGUCUUCUUAUUCUUCGCUUGCGUCUUUCUGCAAUUCCUAUUAGGGUGCGUCUGCGUGUGUGUGCGUGUGUGUGUGCGUAUUUGCGUAAGACAAAUCAAAAAUCGAUGAACUACGCAUAUGCCUGUCUUUCCUAACAUUUUAUUCGGCGUUAAUUUUUGUUUCAUUUUUGAACAUAAUUUUUAUUUCUUCUUCAAUAAGAAAUUACCUUUUAUGCAUGUAUCAAUGUUUAUUUAUAUACCUGCAUGUAAUUAUACAUAUAUAAAUAUAUAUAAAUUUGUGUGUAUGUUUGUGCGUGUGUGCCUGCGUGUAUGCAUGCAUGUGUUUGUGCUCUGAAAAUGAGUUAUUAAUUAAACAGACAUAAAGGAAGUCAAGAAAGGGAAAUGGAUUAUUAUUAUUAUUAUUAAUUAUUUAUUCAUAUUUGAUAAUAAAUUGAUUUCUCGUCA